AUGGAUGCGAGUCACUUAAAAUGGCUACAGGGCAUGGCACUGGUGGUGGCCGUGGCUUUAAUCUGGAUAUCCGCGAGCUACAUAGUGCAGGCUGUGGUGGAAGAUGGCCUGGCGCCCUUUAUACUCACAUACAUCUGCAACUCGUUAUUCGUGCUCUACAUCCCCGUUGUAGAGCUCUGGUGGUACCUCUUCGGAAAGGACGAGCCUGGAAGUGGUUCGUCCAAAAGCAAAACGGGCAGCAGAAAGGGCGAUCCAGAAGGCCGUUUUGGCGGGAAAAGCAGUAGCAAGAACAAUGAGGGUGGUGGUAACUUUGUAACUGGUAACAGUACGAGGAAGAAGAAGAAGAAAAGGGAGGACGGGGUGGGAGAUGAGGAAGAAAGAGGGUUGUUGGUCGAAGGGGAGAAGGCGAGGGGAUCUGGGGAUACUGAAGAGGAGGGGAACGUUGGGGGGGUGAUGGGGGAAGAAAGGAGAGGGGAGAAGGGAAAAGGCGCUCAGGGAGGGAUGCUGGGGGUAGUGCACGGGCGAGUAGAGGGGGGUGGGUUGGAGGAGCAGAGCGAGGAGGGUGAGAAGGGGAAGCAUGGGGAGCAGAGGGAGCAGGGGGAGCAGGGGGAGCAGGAGAAACAGGAGAAGGAGGCGCGGGGGGAGCGGGAGGAGCAGGGGCAGCAGGGGCAGGGGGGGCAGCAGGGAGCGCAGGGACAAGGGGAAUUAGUGGAGGCAGUCGAAUGGCGAGGUAGAGAAACACGGGAGGCAGCAGCGGAGCUGAUUAUAGAGGGGAUAGAGCCAGGGCAAGGGGGGUUAGAGGCAGCACAAGAGGUGAAGGGCUUAGGGGAGAUGGGAGAAGGAGUGGAGAGAAGAGGGUUCACCUUCAACCUCUCACUGGCUUACACCAGCGUCACGGUGAGUCGCCUGGGGCUCUUACAGGGCGUCUUUUCCCCUCUCUCUGUCUCCUGGGGCGACUUCUCCUUUCUUGAGUCGGCAGUAAAACGUCUUUUGAGGCGCCUCAAAGUGAGUCCCAUGGGGUAUCUUCACUUCCCCCCUCUUGCUGAGACGUCUUUUGAGGCGCCUCAAAGCGCCUCAAAAGUGAGUCCCAUGGGGUAUCUUCACUUCCCCCCUCUUGCUGAGACGUCUUUUGAGGCGCCUCAAAAAGUGAGUCCCAUGGGGUAUCUUCACUUCCCCCCUCUUGCUGAGACGUCUUUUGAGGCGCCUCAAAACUACACGUCAAGCCUCUUCACCUUUGCUCUCUCCGUCCCUCCUUCACGAGCGCUUCUUUCUCCUCUCAGCUGUAUCCUUCCCUCCUUUCCCCUCCCCUCCCCUCCUCCCCGCUCCCUCCACCCCCACUCCCCUCUCUCUCCCCCGCUUCCCCUCCAGUCCAACACCAUUCUCAGCUGCACGUCAAGCCUCUUCACCUUUGCCCUCUCCGUCCCUCCUGCACGAGCGCUUCUGCCUGCGCAAGCUGCUCUCCGUGCUGCUCUUCCAACACCAUUCUCAGCAGCACGUCAAGCCUCUUCACCUUUGCUCUCUCCGUCCCUCCUUCACGAGCGCUUCUGCCUGCGCAAGCUGCUCUCCGUGCUGCUCUGUUCCAACACCAUUCUCAGCUGCACGUCAAGCCUCUUCACCUUUGCUCUCUCCGUCUACCUCCUUCACGAGCGCUUCUGCCUGCGCAAACUGCUCUCCGUGCUGCUCUGUUUUGGCGCCGGUGGUGGCGGUGGUGGGAAUGCGUUUGAUGCUGCUGCGGUGGCAGAGGCGAGUGCAGCAGUUGCGAGUAACGCAAGGGAGAGUCUGUUUGGCGAUGUGCUGGUUCUCAUGUCAGCUGGUUUCUACGCUCUCUAUACCACCAUGCUUCGGUCUUUCACCCCUGCUGAAGGCGGGUUUGAGGAGAUGGGCGAGGAGGAGGGGAUGGAGGGAGGGGAGAAGGAGGGAGUGAGAAGGGGAGGGAGCGGAGAGGAGGAGCGAGGGGAGGAGGGACGCGUGGAAUCGGGAGGCAGGGGAUUUGAUGUGGCUGAAUCAGGGAGCGGGAAAGCAGAGGUGGAACAGGAGGAAAAGGCGGGAGAGGAAAGGGAAAUAGAAGAGCACAAGGAGGAGAAAGGGGAGGGGGAGAAGGUGGGGAAAGGGGAGGAGGAAGGAGACGAGCAAAAGGAUGGGGAGGGGAAGGGCGUAAAGAAGAGGAGGGAUGCAGAAGAGGAAGGAGGAGAGGAGGAGGAAGAGGAGGAGGAGGAGGAAGAGGAGGAGGAGGAGGUACCAUUCAGCACAGCGCUCAUGUUUGGGUAUCUGGGUCUCUUCAACCUCUUCCUGCUGGCGCCUGUGGGGCUGCUGGUGCAGUGGGUGCGAGGGGAGUGGUUUGCCUGGCCCGACGCCUCCCAGUGGACGCUGGUCAUUGCCAAAGUGGGCUCUAGUCAUUGCCAAAGGUACGCCUCUCCCUAUCCUACCAGCAGAAGCAAGGGUGAGUCUCUGGGCCUCUUCAACCUCUUCUUUUUGGCGCCUGUGGGGCUGCUGGUGCAGUGGGUGCGAGGGGAGUGGUUUGCCUGGCCCGACGCCUCCCAGUGGGCUCUAGUCAUUGCCAAAGGUCUGCUAGACAAUGUAUUGAGUGACUAUCCCUAUCGCCCCCUCAUGUUCCCCUCUCCAUUGUCCGCUCACCGAUCUCCCACUCUCCUCUACCCCAGCUGUCCUCCUCACCACCCCCACCGCCGCUACAGCCGGGCUGCAGAUCCAGAUCCCCAUCGCCCCCUCAUGUUCCCCUCCCCAUGUUCCCCUUCAGGCCUGCUAGACAACGUUCUGAGUGACUACCUGUGGGCUCGGGCCGUCCUGCUCACCACCCCCACCGCCGCUACAGCCGGGCUGCAGAUCCAGAUCCCCAUCGCGCUCACUGUAGACAGCUGGAAGGCCAACAGCCUGCCAGACACUGUUCACAUGGUCGGGGCGGCGUUGGUUGUCCUGGGGUUCCUGGGGAUUAAUUCGUUCGUGACGUUUGAUUGGCUGGGGGAUGUGGGUGCGGCUGAGAGGUGGCUUUUGGACCGGUGUAAAGCGGUGGGGGUGGUUGUUAGGGGGUUGGUGGCGGCAGUGGGUGAAAUUCUACAAGGGAUGGUUCAUAGGGUGGUUGGGAGGCGGAGGGGUGGGGAAUUGGAGGGGCUUUUAGAGAGUGAGGAUGGGGGGGCAGCUAGAGCAGAAUCAACUCUGGUAGGAAAUCAAGUGGUACUUGCAAAAGCUUCGGAUAUUGUAGGGGUGAAAGUACCGGUGUAG